ACAAACUUUAGUAUAAAUAGCCAAAUAUACAUGGGAUGUCAAUUUGUAGUCCACAUUACUACCCAUCUACAAGAAAUCUUCAUACAAAAGUUAUAGAAGGUACCAUACUAUAUAAUGGCAUACGAAUUAGAGAUAACGUUAUCAUCCGCUAAGGAUCUCAAGAAUAUCAAUUGGCGUUAUGGCCCCAUAAGGCCGUACGUUGUGGUAUGGGUUGACCCAGGUCAUAAAGUUACAAGCCGGGUUGAUGAUGAGGGGGACACGAGUCCAGAGUGGAACCAAUCACUAAUUGUCCCCCUCGUCCGUCCCAUUGAGGAUGCCACCCUUUUUUUAGACGUGGUCCAUUACUCGUCUCCCGAUGAGGACACCAAGCCCCUCAUCGGCUCAGCAAAGGUCGAUCUUUGUAACAUUGUGGACAACGUUGGUAUUGGAGCUAGUGUAACACGUAGUCUCAAGCUCAAGCGUCCCUCUGGGAGGCCCCAGGGGAAGCUUGAGCUCGAGAUCAUGGUACGUGAUCAUAGAUACCGUGGUCCAGAUCCGUACCCUACACCCCAACACGUCGAAUAUAAUGCCCCACCGUACCCAUAUGGGCAGCCUGCACCAUAUGGUAACCCGGGGUAUGAGCAGCCCACGUACGGGUAUGGGCAGCCAGCCGGGUACGGGUACGAGCAACCGGAGGAGAAAAAUAAGAGCGGGUUCGGAGGAAUGGGGACGGGGUUGGCAAUAGGUGCAGUAGCAGGGGUGGUGGGUGGUAUAGCGUUAGCUGAAGGGUUUGAUCAACUAGAGGAUCAUAUUGCAGAUGAAGCUGCUGAACAAGUUGAGGAUGAUCUUGGUGAUGAAGAUGAUGAAUAAAGUGAUUAAUUAAUUGAAUUGAAUUGGUGUAUGUGCAUAAUGCUAAAUCAAUUGUGACAAUUGCAUUAGCUUGGUUGUUAACUUUUACUGCUUAAUUAAUCUGAGAUGUUGAAAUAAUGCACUUACUAAAAUGUGUAUUGUGAUGUUACAAAGUUUAUAUAAAGUUGACUUUUAAGCUCCAUGAAUAAUUCAUGAA